UUGCAAAGUUGGAAAAACAAUAAAAAACACAAAGAUUUGCAAGAGCGAAAAAAAAUUCAUGACUAUCAAAAAUGCGAUUGCAUCUGCUGCAUACUGUGGUAACUGUACUCCGAAAGCAAGGUUACGCUAGGCGUAUCUUAGCUGUAUAGUGCGGUCGGGUGCUUGAAAUCACCGUGGGAAAGUAUAUGAAUACCUAUAAAGCACCAACAUUGUACGAGACGGCAGUGCGUCAUUUGUACUGUUACACGAGAUGAUUUGAGACGCAGACGAACUGUCGGAGAUUUGGACACCAUGGAAAGCGAAGAAAAGAGAGAGAAUAUCGCGAGAUGGUCGGGUGCAGUUUUGAACGGCGAUCUAGAGUUUUGGAUGACUCGGAUUCCGGCGCCACUCAAGAAUAUACCCAUAAUACAUUUGGCGAUACCCGGUUCUCACGAUACCAUGACUUAUACCAUUGAGAGGCGUAACGACGUGGGGCCGGACGAACCUGCCUUCAUUCGAACGCUCGGCCGUUACUGCUCAAUCGUUGCCAAGCCCAUUAUUUUAAAUUGGUCUAUUACACAACGGGAUGAUAUCAAGCAACAGCUUAACGGCGGAAUCCGAUAUUUAGAUCUGCGCGUUGCUACGAAGCCGGGAACCAAUGAUAUAUAUUUUCUUCAUGGUCUUUAUGGCGCGGAGAUCAGCAAGCCGCUGUUGGAUGUAGCCGACUGGCUCACUUCCCAUGCGAAUGAGAUCGUUAUCCUGGACUUCCAGCAUUUCUACAGCUUCACGGAACAGGAUCAUCGCCGUCUUAUAGACAGAAUAAACCAGAUUUUUCGCGGAAAAAUGUGCCCAGUCUCAUCCAGAUUCGAUCACAUAACGCUGCAAUGGCUGGUCCAAAAGAGAUAUCAGGUGUUUGUGAUUUACAGAAACGUUUAUGCGCGCAAUUACUCGAAUCUGUGGCCGUCCGGUCUUUGGCGUACCGUGUGGCCCAAUACCGUCCGCGUGAACGAGUUAAUUGAUUUCUUAAACAUCGAAUUGCAGAGCAGAUCGUUGGACAUCGCGUUUGUAUCGCAAUGUCUUUUGACGCCGGAUACGUCCUACGUCGUAAAACAUAUGUGCGGUACCCUGCAAAGAGAUCUGGUACCUCGCUGUCAAAAAGCGAUUCUCUCUUGGAUAAGUCAGAAACGUCCUGGCCGUGGCGGGUUGAAUAUAGUCAUAGCGGAUUUUGUGUCAGAUAACAACUUUCUGUUUUCCAAAACAGUCAUCCAAAGUAAUACGAAACUUCUGCAUAGUCCGUAAUUUAAUCUUAUCUCUUAAUGAAGAAAUAAAGUAUUUAAAUUAAAAACUGCUUAUUAAAUAUUUCUACAAUAUAGUCAGUUAGUUAUGAUUAAUUAUUGUUUGAACUAAAUCUUUCAAUAUAUAGUAAAAAUAUUUAACUUUAUAUACUUGACAUGCAAAGUCUUUCUUACGUAAGAAAGUUUAAUAAAAAAAUUAAGAUUAUUAAUAUUUAAACUUGGACGUAUAUUUUUAACCAAUUGGUUUAUGGCAAUUAUAUUUAUCCUAAGUAUUAUUGUUAUACCACAAUUAUAGAUAUUUAUGCUAAGCAUAUUGUGGCUCAUUGUUUAGGAAACAGACGAUUAAUUAUUACUGUCAUAUUUAAUAAAUAAUAUAUUUCGUACUUUAUAAAUUUAAAGUCCGAUUUUUCAUUAACUUCCAUUUUUUUAUGAUGGAUGUAAUAACGUAAAAUGUAUUAAACACAUCCAAAUAAUGGUGUUAUAUUGUAUGUAUUAAAGAAAUGUAAAUAAUUGAAUUAUAAAUAAUAUACAUAUAAAUAAAAUGCAUUUAUCUUACAGAUUCGAUGUGAGAAAAAGAAAGUUUUUUUGAAAUGUUAGUAUUGAUUUCUUUUAGACAUAAAAAUAGGUAAUAAAUCUACAGCUUACUGUAUCAGUUCAUUCAUACAUGGCAUUAAAGGAGGUAUGAUAAUGUAAUAUCGUGUGUAUAUAUAUAUAUAUAUAUACACACACACGCUAAAAUUUUAUUAUUCUUAUUUCAACAGAGAAUAUUAUAUAUUUCUAUGAUAUUUAAGUAUGUAAGUUGGCAGUAGGGCAAAUAAAAUUAUACGUUACACAACAAA